GAAAAUGCUGUAUUUCCGCUGCAGCAGCGAGAACGGGCACGUCCAAAAAGAAAGGAAAAUGUGUACAGAAAGAGCAAACUGAGGCCGGAGAAACAGCGUCGAACCAUCGCCGUUCUCUUCGCGGACGCUCGGUAACCAGGCAGCGGUUGUUAUUUAAAGCUCAGAGCCGAGUGUUUGACUGUUCAAGUGUCGUUUCGAGGUUAACCCCAUCCCCUUGUUCCGUUGGUGAUUCGCCUUGAGGAAGCAGCUCGGCGCUUAGCUAGCCUGCUACAGAGAUGGGGACCAGAGCCAGCCGCCUACAGGAGGACCCGGUUCCCUCGGCUUUCGGGAAAGACGGCACAAAGCGGGAUUCCUACCGGCGACCCCGCUGCGCCAGGCCCACCAGCCUCGUUGUCGACGUCUCCGUGAGCUUCGAGUACGCGGAGGCCAACCGGAGCCGAUCGGAGGAAGGCAGCGACUCGGACCUGGGGCAGCAUGGGGCGAGCGCCGACGGCAGCCCCGCCGACGACCACAGCAUCCCCUCCAGCAUCAGCCAAACGUCCCCCGCGGACGACAACAAUAGCGAGGGGAAGCCCGAGGAGGACGGCAGCGUGAGCCCGGAGGCUGCCGUCGACGCAGAGCACCAACCCGCAGAGGAGACAGGCCGCACACCCCACCGCACCUUUUCCGAGCGGCUGCCCGGGAAUCGACACUCUUCCACCCGCAGCGUUGGCGCAAGAUCCGCCCGGGUCCGAGGCACCCACCAGCGGCCGGUGUCCGAGGCUUGGAUCGGCCUGUACCGUGUUAACAACCGCCAUGGCAAUAUCCGCUGUCCAUUCUGCUCGAAGCCUUUCCCCGGGGGUCGGAUUGAGGAUCACCUGUUGAGCUGCCUCACGUCUCCUCCUCUACCUUACAAUACGGAUGUGCUAAGUAAAGACAGCGGAGAGUGCUCCAUCUGUUUGGAGGAUCUGGUACAGGGAGAGACCAUCGCAAGGCUGGCUUGCCUCUGUGUCUACCAUAAGGGCUGCAUCGACUCCUGGUCCAAGGUGAAGCCCUGCUGCCCCGAACAUCCCUUCGAUUGACUCACGGGUCACAUGGACUCUUCAUAGUGACCAACCCGACUCAGGAGACUACACUGAACCCCAAUUCAAAAAGUUCAAAUAAAAACAUGUAAUUGAACAAACAAAAGCCCACUGUCCCUUCUCAGACGCAAACCACAGAUAUUUGAGUGGAGAACAGAAGAUCCUGAGAGGAAGCAGUGACGCCCGACACUCUCCACUAGGAUCGAUUGAUUUGAUCUUUUUAAGGCCAAACUCCUGAAACGGCGACAAACAGCUGCUCUGUCUCUAACCUGCAGUGGAGAUUCUAGUUGGGACAGGAACAACCUGUCUGUUCUGUGAAGUUGAACAUAAAAAAAAAAUAUCUAAUAUUAUCAUCCCGAACGAUCUUGAAGCUGGGGAAGGAACGCAAAAACAAAUCACAAAACAAAACAAAACAAAAAAGUUGUCUUAACUGUGACUCUGGAUCCUUUCCUGUGUAUUUUUUCCUCCCUAACCGAACGGGAUCGGUCAUUUUAUCAAGUAUUUGGCAAAAGAGUAUUGUUCCAUGUCAUACGUUGGACGAAUGUUUUCUUUCCUCGGCUCGCCCCAAAUGAACCAACCUCACACUGAAAGCCGGAACUGUCGCCGCAGACACGUUGCUUUAUUUUUUUCGAUUGAGCUGGAAGUUGAGGGCUUGUCUUUGGUGAAUGGGGGCCGCCGUUAUUAGGUGUUCUCUGUUUUCUUUUACCUGUAAAACAUUUCAGGGGAAGUUUGGGGGCUAAUCAUUAUUUUUUUGUUAUUUCACUUUUCUUUUCUUGGUCAGUUUCUCGUAGGUGGUUUGUUAGCGCUGACUUUAAUGUGCUGCUACUUGCUGAGUGUUUUUUAGAUAUUUCAUAGGGCAAUAGUAGCGCUGGUGUUGGCAACAAUUUGAGCACUUUUGUCCCUCAAGGCUGAUUUUUUUUGUUUUUUUUUCUUUUCUUUUUUGGACAUAAGGUCUGGGAUAAGAUUGUGUGUUUGUAUGUGUGUAUUCAGGGGCUGUACAUGUCCUGAGCAUGGUUGUAUAUUCAGGAAAGCGUGUGUGUUUACUGUAAAUUGCCUAGGAGUCUGCUUGGUCAAGCAGGUUACAACAUCCUGUUACAUGUCUUUGUUUUGGUACGCAACAUGGCGGCUCACAUGGUCCAGUUUUGUCCCCCUUUCCUAUCUCCUCUCUAGGGUUUAGUCCGGAUUUUUCUUUUCCUUUUUGGACCAGGCCCCUCAAGCGACAGUUUUGCCAUCUGGUUAAAUGGAUGCCAGAUCUGGGAAGGUUUUAAAGGGAAGGAUGGAUCGAGGGAUGUAUUUUUGGGGGCAUGUUUACACCAUGUGGUAUCUGCCUCCCUCCACAACACUGGAGGCUGUGAACAGCUGAUGGUUAAUGAUUACAUAAGCAGCCCCCCUCCCCCUUUUUCCCCUUGUUUUUUCUAUUCUUUUUUAGCUAUUGUAAUAUCACAUGAUUAUUGGUAAAUGUGUUAAAAAUGGCUUUCCUUUGCCUGUGUGUGUGUGUUGAUUGCCUUUGCCUGGUGAAGGGGUUCUUGUGCAAGUCGGUGUUUGUAGUGUUUAUUUUUGGGCUUUUGAAUCGAGGCCGAGGCUGCUCGACACACACCGUCUGGCUGUUGUUGCACAGGCCAGUAGAAAGAUUUUUUAAAAAAAAAAAAAAAAAACAACAACAUGCUUUUACCGUCUGCUGAGGAGACGAAUCUAUGUGUGUAACUCGAGUUUGUUCAACCCCCAGCCUCUGUUUUUUUUUUUUUUUUUUAAUACUCUUUCUGGUCACUGGUGUUCUGCUGUCUGAGGUGCUACAACUUGUCCCGCCACUAGAGGCCAGCCCUGUGCAUGUUUCUCAUAUUUUGUAUUGGAGAAUAGAAAAAUAAUGCCAAAAGUCUGACUGUGGAUUGAGUGAGAGAGUGCAGAAGACGGAAGACAGAGGUGCACUGAAUCAUUACAUGUUACAUUUGUUGUGGUGAUAAGUUAUGAUAUAUUCUUUGGCUGGGAGGGGUUGAGGGGAGGGUGUUUGUUGGUGGAGGUCGGGUUGUCGAUGAAGAUAAAAACAGACAAUCUGAAGCCCUCACGUGACUCUCAUUUACUUUGUUUCCCCUCCUUCUAAGCUGUGUGGUGCAAUACCUCAAUUUUUACCAAUGCUAGCUAAACGCUCUGUGUGGAAACUAGCUCCUCUUCAACCAAGGACGGUGGGGGGGUGGGGGUGGGGUGGGGUGGGGGGCUGUUGUAUAAAUGUCCCUAAAUCCUUGGCUUUCAAAUUGCAGGGUGUCGAGUCCACCCUGCGGUUUGAGGCUAACGUAUUAGCUGAGAAUGGGUUUUUUUUGUUCGUUUUUUUCAGUGUCACCACAGAGGUAUCUGCAUCCCCAAGAUACGGACAAUCUGCCUUUACUCUGGUAUAAAAACAAAUUGAAUUUUAUUUAUUAAAUUGUAAAUAUGUAAUGCAGUUCAAGAAAAUGGCUUGGUCCUUGUCUGUUCAAUAUACUGUUUCUAAGCUCCGAUCUUUUGUAUGUCUCAGAAAUUGUUUUUAUAUGUAUUUUUUACAAAUAAAUAUGUGUGAGAGA